GAACCUUUCGUGCAUUUUGGGUGGAAUUGGUAUUUUGUAAACAAAAACACGCGAAGAAUAAAAAUUUUACAAGAAAAUAGGAAAAUUCCUUGAAAAAUAGCAAUGCCACAGGGAAAAAUCAAAGUGAAGACAAAAGUGCCGGAUGCAGUGAAGGCAAAGCUGAAGAAAAAGAAAGGUGUCGCAUUUACACGUCGUGCCAAUGCCCCGAUACAGCCGAAAAAGGCGAAAAUUCAGGAGACGCAGAAAAUUAAGCAAUUGCUGAGUAAAGCUGUGAAUAAAUCCGUCGAAGAGGACAUCCGGGCACGUGCACAGGAGGGAGAAAUAAACUUCAGCAAAGCUCAACAUGCUGUAGCGAAGCAUAAUAAGAAUUCCAAAGCAAAAUCCCCAGAGGCAUAACCUUGAAAAGUCGAUGACUUUUGACAGUUUGUUUUUGGAAAAUAAAUAAAUAUUUUGAUUUUGGA